AGUGAAGAAAGUUGUAGAAUUUUCUGAGCGCACUGGUCACUGCAAAUGUUUCAAGGCUGAAGCUUUCAAUACUUCAUGUUCUCUUUCCUGUGAUGCCUUUUGCACUGUGUGGUAUUGUUUCUGCUUUGUUCAUAGAUUGUGAAGGCAUCUGUAUAUUUUCUCUUCUACAGGAAUCAGUAAAGGUCUGCCAUGUUAUAGAGCUGAUGCCCUGGAACUGAAGAUUUGCCUUAAGCUUCUCCUGUACCGUUUCCCUGUUUCUCUCUCUGCUAUAGAAAAUGGCUUCAGGCAGUCUUUUGUCUGAUACACGCACCAGAUAACCAGAUCUGGCAGAUGCUUGAAAUCUCAAUAUUUGAAUUGAGAAACACUAUAACAGAACUGGAAAAAAGGCUUAGCAGUGUUGAAGAUGAAGGUAAUGAGUGGAAAACCAGAUACGAGACACAGGUAGAAUUGAAUAGACAGCUGGAAAGACAAAUUAUUAAACUUCAAGACAAGAUGCAGCUUGUUCGUGGAAAUCCAACAGGUAGAAAUAAAUUGUGCUCUGUUCGUACCUUUGAUCGAAUGCCUGUGGGUUCCUUAAAGCAGAUUCUUAAGCAACUAGAAGAAGAGAAGAAAAGUCUCCAGAACCAGCUAAAAGACUAUGAACUUAGACUGGAACAAGAAGCAAAGGCUUACCACAAAGCCAAUGAUGAGCGGCGCAUGUACUUCUCAGAGAUCUUGCAGACCUCAGCUACGCUUAAACUUUUUGAAAGGCAAAAACCAGAUGCAAUGGCAGAGAAGAGAGAAAGCCAGAUACUGAGAGGAAGGUGCAGUGUUCCAGGGAAUCAGAAGACGGUUGAUCCCAAAGAAGGAGCAAUUAAAAAGACUGUAGGAGUGAAGCAGCUUCCAAAACUAAAGGGCUGAUUUAAUGCUCUUGCCAAGAACUUCCAAUCACUUUUAUUCAUGUUUUUAUGUAUUUAACUGGAAGUUUCUGAAUUGAAAGCGAACAUACUUGUGCCAUAUUAUGAUAACAAACCCAGACUGGCAUGUCUUCUUGGCAGCCUUAGAGUAAGUGUUAUGCUUUGCCUAGCGGAAUUCUUCCUCUAGUUGCCAUCUUUGUUCUGGUAUCUCUGACCCUUUCCAUUCCGCUUCUCGUCUGUGAUUCUGGGCGUCAGGGAGUUGGGAGGCUUGGAGAACAUUUAAUUUCUUCACCAGCUAGAUCCUUAGACUCUUUGGCUGCACAGCAGCCAUUGAGAACAGCCUCUAACAUUUUUGACCUCUCAAAUGAGAGGAAAAAGGAAGAGUGAUAUAACCUGAAAUGUAGUCUCACUACCCAAAAUAGUAAAUCUCUGAAAAUUGCAUCCAGGAGGCACCCCCAUUCAGUAUAGCAACAAAGUGAGUCUCUCAAAUAGUCUGAUGUUGGGAUAGCUGAACAUUCUUUCAUAUGGCAUUUUAAAAAUUGUUUUUUAAAAAAUCCAACAGCAUAGUUUACUAACCAGUCUGAUUUAUUACCUGAUGUUGUACAGUCCCUUUGCUCUAUGAAAUUGUGUUAUAUUCCAUGAGCUUUCUUAAACCAGCACAGACGGCAAGCCAGCUCCAGAUUGAGCUUUUUUAAAAACUGGCUUGCCACAGAACCCAUGUUGACUACCUUCUUCUGUUUGCAUGGUUUAGAAGCACAUUGCCAUUUCCAGCUACUUUAGGCACUAGUUAUGGGGAGAAAUGAAAGAAAAAUUGAACAUUUUUAAUUGAGGAUUGUUCAGAGCAUAUCUUGUGGAGGAGUUGUUUGUUUUAAACACUACAUAUGCAUUAUGUUUCCUGAUAUGGGUAUGCUACUAUUUGAAAUUUGAACUCUCAGAUGAAUGUUUUUAUCCGCAGUCUGGCUUCCAUAAAAAUCUCUUCAGUGGGACUGAUCCGCAUGUUCUCAGAUUUCAAAGUAAUCUCUUCAAGGAACAGCAGAACUACUUUGUAUUUUCAUUCUCAAGCAUGUAAUCAUUAUUGCAGUUUAAUUACCUACAACAUAUUAGUCAUUAAACUUUGGUAGAAUUUUUUUAAAUGGCAACAGAAACAAUGUUUUGGUAAUAAAGCUUCAAACCUCUGGGUUACACCUUAAAAGCUCUUGGCAGAGCAAAUGGGAUUGAUCAGCUGUCCUUUACUAUUUUUAAGAGCAUUUCUAGCUCUUUGCAGUAUGUAAUAAAGCUUUUUGUCUCUUUAAGAGCAAUACUAAUAGUUCCUUAUUACUGGCAGCAUUAAAGUGAGGUUGUAAUUAAACUGUUACAAAAAGAUCAAUGAUGUCAUUCUAAAAUGCAAGGAAAGAAGACCUGCAGGAUUGUACAGCGUAUUCAUUGCGGAAACCCCAUUUUUUUCUCCCACAUAGGAUGAGACUAUAACAGAUACUUAUGAUAUUACCAUAAUGCACCUGGUAUCAUUCUUUCAUAAGCAGGCUGGUCUGCCUGGCCAUUUUUUUGCCCGCAGUCACCACUGAAAGCACAGCACAGCUGAUUAGGCUAGCACUCUUCUGUUCCUAUUUUUCACAUGGAAAGUUUCCAGAUUUGGAUUGUGUUGGCAUUUGUCAUUGUGGAGAAGGGGAGAGAAAAAAAUCACUGUAAUGGGUCCAUUGGCAUGAAAGACAAGGGACAUCUGCAGUAGUGAAGGUUAUCCAGUUCUUGGAUUCAUGCAGCAGAAGGUUCUUACUCCUGUCGCUGAAUCAAAUGUAAUAGUCAAUGCAUUCAGCUCCAGUCCCUCUAACACCUUGAAAGAACCAGAAACUUUGCAUGAACAUGGCAGAACAACAUUUGUUCACAGCAGGAGACGUGAACACCUCCAUCAGGAGUAGUGCUCACUGAAGUAACAGUUUUGAAACUUAAAAAGAGACAUUUAUUGCGUUUGGUACUGUAAUGACCAGGGGAGAGGAGACAGCUAGGUCCUUCUUAGUUCCUGUUUCAGCUUGCCAGAACAAGCUCAGAAUUUGAAACUCAGUUGUAUGGUAAUUACUUAAGCCUUAAAAUUUAUAUUUCACCAUUUUAAUUAUGUGUCCAGCUAUAGUGUUCGCUAUGCAAAAUGGUCAUAGCUCUGUGCUCUUACUAUUUAAAUUAGUUUGCAUUUCAUUUUCCUCUUGUCUUUCUGAACAUAAGGGCACUCCAGAUGACUAAAUGUGGUGACUCAAGUUUCUUUGUAACAGGAAAAAGGUAGUUCUUGGUUUCAGAAGUGUUAUUUCUUUUGACCUGAACAAAACUUUUGCACUGUUAUGUUUUUUUCUAAUAGCUUUCCCAAACCAUGUUGGAGUUUGUGUUUUGUUUUAUUUUCUGGGAGGAUGGACAGGUAUUUUGAAAUCCCUGGAUUUUUUUGGUGAAAGUUUUUCUCACUAGUAUUCUGCUGUGCUAUGAAAUGUUUUUUGUUUAUGUUUGAAGCAAUGAAUAGUUGUGUAUCUGUACAUAAAAUCUCAAUGAGGAUUUGAACCCAUUUAGGAGUAAUGAAUCCUUCAGUGCACAGUAUGUACUAUUAUUCUCAUUUUAGACACGGAAAACUGAAUCACAGAGCUUGGCUUUUUAAACUUGGAAUGGGACUGUAGUGAAGUCUAGUCUUUCCCCUAAUUUAGUGAUAGGGUAAGCUUUUAUCGUAUUGCUAACUGCCAAAAGGUAUAUUCUGUCUCUUAAAGUCUCUGUGCAGAAAAUUCGAAACAGUGGACAAUCUAAAGAUAUGAAAGAGUAGUUGAAUUUCUGGUUGCUAUGGUCAGUAAGUGAAUGGAGGUAAAGAUAAGAGGGAGAUAGUACCAGAGUUGCAGGUUUGAAUAUAGCUAACUUCCUGCCUGUAGUACAGAGUGGAACUGGGAUUCCAGGCCUGCUCAUUGUAGGAUAAAUGCCCAUAAUUGAUGGACCAAGAAAUUUGAUCUCCUGACGCUUGGAAUUUGAGCGCAUGCUUCCUUUAUGUGGUUACUCAUGUAAGUCCACUGAUUUCAGAGGAGUCGUAACUUUGAAGUAACUGUGGCUUUUGAAGUAUUUACACUAUUGUUGCUGUAAAAUGUGAAUUAAAAAACUCAAAUGCUGGCAAGCAAACAUUUAUUAUUUCCCAAACUACCAUUCAUUUUUUAAGUCUCAUGGUUUAAGAGGGUAUUGAGUCAUGAUUUUUUCUUUUAAUAAAUCAGUAUCGCAGCACUGCAUUUAUCUCUAUGACAGAAUAAAAUUAA